UGCCGUAUCUGCAGCCUGCUGGGACGGACGAUUUCACAUCGUGAGCCAUGGCCUCCCUGCAGACCUUGUCCAAGAGCUUCCCAGGAUGGGUUUUCUUCUGCUGCUGUUGCUGUCUCCCUCUUCUUCUCACCAGCUCUCUGCCUCUGAAAGGGGCUUCCACUGCCCAUCAUGCCUGCAAGCUAAGGAAGAUCAACUUCCAGCAGCCCUACAUCAGGAACCGCACCUACACAUUGGCUAAAACGGCCAGUGCCUCAGACAAGGACACGGACAACAGAUUGAUUGGGCAGCAGCUCUUUGUUAACAUCAAGGAAAACAACCGCUGCUACCUGAUGAAGAGGGUUGUGGAGUUUGUAGUAAAGGAUGUUCUCCUCACUGAAGUCAAGUACCAGUACCCUUAUGUUGAGGAGGUGGCACAAUUCUUGGCAUCCCUGACCUCGGAGCUGAGCAGUUGUAGAUUUUCAGGACAGAAAGAGCACAUUGAAAAGAACCUGGAACAAAUGAAGAAAAAAAUGGAACAGUUGGGAGAAAAUGGAAAGACUAAAGCCAUUGGAGAGCUGGAUUUGCUGUUUGACUACAUGGAAAAUGCCUGUACUGACGUCCCAAAAAAGGGAGGGAACAAGAAGAAAAACUGAAAAAAUUCUGGAUCAGGCUUGAAGAGAUGUCUCUGCAGAUCUCUUGCAAUAACUCAAAUUGACUAGCUGCAGCUAUGUCCAUUCCCCCCAGAGGCAGUAUAUUUUUCACUUGUGUCAAAACUAGCAAACUAAGUGGGCAGAGACAGGAUGCAUAUUGCUGCCUUCUUUGAAAAUGAAAACUCCAGGACACUGCCUCUCCAUUGCAACACAGGGCAUUAGUUAUUUACAAAAGCACUGUUCUGUCCUCCUCAUCUCCAUAGGAAUGAGGCAACCAUUUCUGUCUUUUAUAUACUGAAAUUUGACACCUAUGGAUCAUCUUUGAUCAAGGCAGUGAUAAGUAGCCAGGAUGUUUUGAGCCUCCUAGUU